ACGAAUACUCGUUGACGUCCAUCAUCAACUUCGACGAUAUUUUUUUUUCAUUUCUCUUUAGCGAUAAGAUUUCUUCUCCGGCUUAGGCGUAGGGCAUCUUUUCGUUUCGUGAUUUCGUGCGUCGAUUAAUCAACUGGGACUAGAUUGUCAGGAUUGUACAAAAAUGCGUGAAAUCGCUCAUCUUCAGGCUGGCCAGUGUGGCAAUCAAAUUGGUGCUAAGUUUUGGGAGGUAAUAUCCGACGAACAUGGAAUCGAUCCUACGGGAACCUAUCACGGUGACUCGGAUCUGCAAUUGGAGCGUAUAAACGUUUAUUACAACGAAGCGACCGGUGGAAAAUACGUUCCAAGAGCCAUACUGGUCGAUCUGGAACCUGGUACAAUGGACGCGGUACGAUCGGGCCCAUUCGGACAAAUAUUCCGACCGGACAACUUUGUCUUUGGGCAAAGUGGUGCUGGUAACAAUUGGGCGAAAGGACAUUACACGGAAGGCGCAGAACUGGUUGAUUCCGUCCUCGACGUCGUCCGCAAGGAAGCUGAAAGUUGCGACUGUCUUCAGGGUUUCCAAUUGACCCACUCCCUCGGCGGUGGUACCGGUGCCGGAAUGGGCACCUUGCUCAUCUCCAAAAUUCGAGAAGAGUAUCCGGAUAGGAUCAUGAUGACCUUUAGCGUGGUACCAUCUCCCAAGGUGUCCGAUACAGUCGUCGAACCAUACAAUUGCACCCUUUCGGUACAUCAACUUGUUGAGAACACGGACGAGUCCUACUGUAUAGACAACGAAGCGCUCUACGAUAUUUGCUUCAGGACCCUUAAAUUAAGUACACCUACUUACGGAGAUUUGAAUCACUUGGUCAGUGCAACUUUGAGCGGUGUUACGACCUGCCUAAGGUUUCCUGGCCAAUUAAAUGCGGAUUUGAGAAAACUGGCCGUCAAUAUGGUACCUUUCCCACGAUUGCAUUUCUUCAUUCCCGGUUUCGCGCCUUUAACUUCAAGAGGAUCGCAACAGUACAGAGCGUUAACUGUCCCAGAGCUAACGCAACAGAUGUUCGAUGCAAAGAACAUGAUGGCUGCCUGUGACCCUCGACACGGUCGUUAUCUCACCGUUGCCGCUGUAUUCCGUGGAAGAAUGUCGAUGAAAGAGGUGGACGAACAGAUGUUGAACAUCCAAAACAAAAACAGUAGCUAUUUCGUCGAAUGGAUACCGAGCAACGUUAAAACAGCUGUCUGCGAUAUCCCACCACGAGGUCUUAAAAUGUCAGCGACCUUUAUCGGCAAUUCCACGGCUAUACAGGAACUCUUCAAGAGAGUUUCUGAACAAUUUACGGCCAUGUUCAGGCGCAAAGCUUUCCUCCAUUGGUACACGGGCGAAGGAAUGGACGAGAUGGAAUUUACGGAAGCCGAAAGCAACAUGAACGACUUGGUAUCGGAAUAUCAGCAGUACCAAGAAGCAACGGCCGAAGAAGAAGGCGAAUUCGACGAAGAGGAGGAGGGCGAAGGCGCUGACAAUUGAUUGACUAUUUUUUUUUUCCCCCCUUUAGAUCCUCCUCCUCCUGCCCUCAAUCUCAAUCCUAUCUCAAUUAUCAACCGUUUCAAACCGCAUGUAUAAUACUCGGAACGAGAAAAACGGUUCGUGUAGGAGUACAGUGUGUCUGUCGUUUAUCGAAAGUUCCAUUAAAGAAUGCAAUGAAAAAAACUGUACAGAAUAAAUGACUUCGCAAUAA